GUUGCGGAAUUGUCGCUCUCUAUUCUGUUGCUGCCCACAUCACGCCGUGAUCGCCAAACAUUGCCCGAGAAAUCACCCCGCCCGCAAGGAUUCCUAGACUUUCCCACCCAGCGCUCAUCAUCCAGCACCCGUUCUCGCAGCCAGACGACCACCGCUCCGCGCCAUCAGCACCUCCAGCCCUCCGACCAUGGCCAGCAUAUUCCGCCGCAUCUACGACUGGCUCCUGCGCCUCUUCUGGGCGACCGAGAUGGACAUCACCAUGAUCGGACUGCAGAACGCUGGCAAGACGUCGCUGUUGCGAGUUCUGGCGGGCGGAGAGUUCACUGUUGACUCCAUCCCGACCGUGGGCUUCAAUAUGAAGCGCGUCCAGAAGGGCCAUGUAACCUUGAAGUGUUGGGAUCUCGGAGGUCAACCCAGAUUCCGUUCCAUGUGGGAGAGGUAUUGUCGCGGCGUGAACGCCAUGGUGUUCAUCGUCGAUUCCGCGGACAGGGAGGCUCUGCCUGUUGCACGUGAGGAGCUGAAGCUCUUACUUGAGAAGCCAGCAUUAGAGGGAAUUCCUCUGCUCGUCCUAGGGAACAAGUCUGACCUCCCAAACAAGCUUUCGGUCGACGAGCUCAUCGACGCUCUAAACCUGAAGGCAGUGUCGCACCGGGAGGUGAGCUGCUACGGCAUCAGCGCAAAGGAGGAGACCAACCUCGACGCCGUGCUGCAGUGGUUGAUCGCUCGCGCAAGCAAAUAGAUGGUGUUCGGAGUUGGUGUAGGUUGCAACGUGACCUGCAAGACUCGGGCGACCACGUGCCGCCUCGGUGCGGCAUUCGACUCGGUUUGGCUUUUGGCGGACUUCACGACUCCUGAUGUGCCUACGUUCUCAUGGAUACGGCCGUCAGCUUUUAUACGACAUACUUAAUGAUUCUUACGACGUGACGGAA